UCUAUAUUUUAACACCAAACGUAAUAUUCAAUAAUAUUGAAGGCUGUGCGUAGUCGGUGAUCCUCACAUAUUUUAUAGUUCAUGUCGUAUAAAUUAGCAAACAAACAAGUUGAGGACAUAAACAACUCCGCAUCAGUAUCAACGCAGACAGGACUUCCGCAGGGAUGUGUCCUACUUCCCUUUGUAUUUCAUCACGACCUACUUACUUCUGUGUUCGUACAGCUAGGAGGUACAUGCCGUGAUGUAGUGUGUGGGGAACGGUGUUGUUCGUUGGACAUAUUUCCAGUUACUUGCUUAAAAGGCCACUCAAACAGAAGAAGAAGAAAGUUGAUAAACAGGUGCUCGCUAACCAACAUAAUGGUACAACAGGUGUGUGCCAUGUGUAGGCUGAUGGCUGAAGUCAAGAUUAUGCCAGUUGUGGAAUCACUGAAUGACUUCUGCUGUUUGUCCGAGGAUUUCUAUCAAGACCUCAAGAAGCCGUCUGUAUCAAAAAGAAUAAAAUGGCGGGGACUCUUACGAAAGAUUAACUCAAACCAACAGAAGCUGGCAAGGAUGAUAUUUGUCCAACUAAUUCAGAGAGUCAAUCCAGAGAUUGCGGAACAACUUGAGACGAUCAGUCAAAUCUGCUGCGUGUGUGGUCUUAUUGACAAUACCAAAGCUGGUGACCCACAGGACGAUCAAAUCAAAUUUAUGUCACUCCAGUUUCCGAAAACAACUCACACUUGGGAACCUCUCCGAAGGUCAAAAUCCCUUGAUAUUUUGAUCGAAUAUUCAUGUUCUAGCUUGGAUGGCAAGCCUGUAGAUAAACUUCAGUCUCAGGCUGAUCAAGAUCAUGGUGCAGGGUUUAUUAAAGCCAUUUACCAGAGAUCAGGGUUCAGGUAUGAAGACUCAAAACAAGAUUUACAUGGUAAGCAGUCAACAAAAAACCCUGAAUAUCACCAUGGACAGAUAAACCCAUACACUGACACUUUCCAUAAAGAUGAGAGUGUUGACUCUGACGAGACUUCACUCAUGGAAGUCCAGAAAAACGAAGCAUCCAGUGAGGACAGAAGAUCGGAUAAUGUUGAUGACGACGACGAUACUGAUGCUGAUGCUGAUACUGAUGCUGAUGCUGAUGCUGAGGCUGAGGCUGAUGUUGGGGCUGAGGCCGUUGUGGUUGAUCAAGAAAGUUAUGUUGAUGCACCUGAGAGGCUAUUUAAGUCAGACUCUGUCGAUCGUACCUCGGAAGGUAACAAUGGAGCAACCCAUCGACAACCCAGUUCAUCUGUAGAUUCAGAAGGUUUCUCAUUAGAGAAGACACCCACGAUACACGGACAGAUCAUCCACGAAAGUGUUGAACAAGAGAGACACAAUCCAGUUGGGGAGGUGUACGAUUCUGACGAUGUGCAGGUGCUUGCGUCUGAGGAUCUGGUAUCACAGGGUACGAGCAGGGUUCCCACAAAACAUGUCGGCGGACAUACUCAGAAAACGCCACCAGUUCAGUCGCAGACAAAAAUUCAAAUUCCAGCGACGUCGCUUGGUUGGGUAUUUCAAGCUUUGCUAACCGUCCUCGUAGUUGUGAUGCAUCUGCUGCCGACUGGUCUCCUGGUGGCCAUUAUAGCACUGAUAUGCAUACAGAUCUACAUCAGCAGGAAUGGCUAGAGAAUAGGGAGCGUGAUCAUCCACGGCUUUUAUGACGUUGCAAAAACGUUACUUAACUGCUACAUGUUUUGUUGAACGUUCAAUGGACGCUGCUUGGGCGAUUCAGAAUAUUACCACUUGCUAUGACUGUACGUGUUUUUUAUGCGAUGUUGUUCACAGAAGAUAGGAUAUACAGACACACACCCCACACCCCACCCCAUCAGGCAUGCAGUGCACCCCGGAAGUGCCAGAACUCUGUCAAAAAGGAAUUCUUUCCGAAAGCGGACCUGCAGAUUUUCAAUGCAGAUGAACGGUGUUUGAAUUCAUAGGCUGGAAAUCCAUUGUUUCUCCAACCACGUGGCAUGGGGGUGAAUGCAGGUUACACAAAACCAAAUGUUUUCCCAUAAACGUCAAUAAACGUCAGACCAACUCUGAUGAUUUAUCUCAU